AUGUUGACAGCGGGGCGGGGCAGCUCCCUACCUCCCGCCGUGCGCCGAUCCAGGGGGUAGAGGCCCGGGUCGAACCCCACCGGAGCAGCAGGGUCCGGGAGUGGCGAACCCGGCGCGCAGCGGGUGGGGGCGCGCAGAGGGCGCGCGCGGGCGGGCCCCGCCUCGGCCGGCGCCCCUACCUCCACACCCGCCGCCGGCCACUGGGACGCGCGCCUCGCCUCGGCCCCCCACCCCCGACCCUCCACGCUCCACCGGGCCCGCGGAGCGCGGAGGCCGUGUGCCGGGCCGCCGAGCGGUUCCGGGUGUAAGGUUCACAGGUCAGAGUUGACUCCCUGAAAAGUGCAACCGCUUUGAAAUGCAAGAUGGCGGCGGCGGGGCGCUGAGAGGCGCGGCGGCCCCUGCAGGAGAUGGCAGAUAGGUACUUGGGACCUGUUGGUAAUGAUGGCCUGAGCUAAACACCUCCUAAUUUGAAGGAACACCCUUCAGUGUCAGAGAACAGAAUGCUGAGGACGCUAUGGCAGGUGAUUGGAGUUGUGCUUCAAAAAUUUCAGCAGUUCAACAGUAUUUUAUCUGCCAACAAUAAGCUCUUUACUUGAUUGCACCAUGAAAAAGCUGCUAAUGAGACUCGCUGAGCACAAAAAUGGACUUGAAGAACCAAAAGCCAUUGUUUUCAAAUGAAGAACACUGACCAGUUUUCAGCCUCAAUGCUCCUUAAUCACCACUGAGAGUUCCCCAUAACAUCAGGAUGGCCAGCAGGAGAAAGUCGACAACACCCUGCAUGGUCCUCGCCAGCGAACAGGUUACAGACCUGGAGGUGAUAUCAGAUUUGGAUGAAGGGCCUCCUGUCCUCACGCCUGUAGAAAACCCCAGAGCAGAGAGCAUCUCAAGUGAUGAAGAGGUUCAUGAGUCUGCGGAUUCUGACAAUCAGCAAAAUAAAAAAGUUGAAGGUGGCUAUGAAUGUAAAUAUUGUACUUUUCAAACUCCAGACCUAAAUAUGUUUACUUUUCAUGUGGAUUCAGAACACCCCAAUGUAGUGCUAAACUCAUCCUACGUUUGUGUUGAAUGCAAUUUUCUUACCAAAAGGUAUGACGCACUUUCCGAGCAUAAUCUGAAAUACCACCCGGGAGAGGAGAAUUUUAAGUUGACUAUGGUGAAACGAAAUAACCAGACAAUCUUUGAACAAACCAUAAAUGAUCUAACUUUUGAUGGCAGUUUUGUUAAAGAGGAGAAUUCAGAUCCAGCUGAAUCUACUGAAGCUUCGUCUUCGGGAAUAUCUAUCAGUAAAACUCCUAUCAUGAAAAUGAUGAAAAAUAAAGUGGAGAACAAACGGAUUACGGUUCACCAUAACUCAGCUGAGGAUGUUCCUGAAGAGAAAGAGAAUGAAAGCAAACCAGACCGUGAAGAAACUGGGGAAAGUCCAAGCUCCUCAGCCUCUGAAUCUAACACCAGUACUUCCGUUGUCAACAGAAUACAUCCGAAUGCUGCCAGCACAGUAGUGACGCCGGCAGCAGUUCUCCCUGGAUUAGCACAGGUGAUCACCGCUGUGUCCGCUCAGCAGAAUUCCAGUUUGAUUCCCAAAGUCUUAAUCCCUGUGAAUAGCAUUCCGACCUACAAUGCUGCGUUGGACAACAACCCCCUUCUGCUUAACACCUACAACAAAUUCCCCUAUCCAACCAUGUCAGAAAUUACUGUCCUUUCUGCCCAAGCAAAAUAUACGGAGGAACAGAUCAAGAUAUGGUUUUCGGCCCAACGUCUAAAACAUGGCGUGAGCUGGACUCCCGAGGAAGUAGAGGAGGCAAGAAGGAAGCAAUUCAACGGAACAGUGCACACUGUACCUCAGACCAUAACUGUUAUUCCCACACACAUUUCCACGGGCAGUAACGGCUUACCAUCCAUUUUACAGACAUGCCAAAUAGUCGGUCAGCCGGGCCUGGUUCUCACCCAGGUAGCUGGGACAAACACCUUGCCGGUGACCGCACCUAUAGCCUUGACAGUGGCAGGGGUGCCAGGCCAAACCAAUGUACAGAAAAGUCAGGCAUCUGCCGCCCAGCCUACUGCAGAAACAAAACCAGCCACACCAGCAGCUCCGCCUUCCCAGCUUGUCAAGCAUGAAACUGCAAACCCCGAUUCAUUUGGCAUCCGGGCAAAGAAGACUAAAGAGCAAUUGGCAGAAUUAAAAGUUAGCUACCUUAAAAAUCAGUUUCCCCAUGAUUCAGAAAUUAUCAGACUGAUGAAAACCACAGGCCUGACCAAAGGAGAGAUUAAAAAAUGGUUUAGCGACACGAGGUAUAACCAGAGAAAUUCAAAGAGUAACCAGUGCUUGCAUCUCAACAGCGAUUCCUCCACCACGAUUGUUAUAGACUCCAGCGAUGAAACCACGGAAUCCCCAACUCCCCUUAUUUCACAGCAUAAACAAUCCUGGAACCCCUUUCCCGACUUUACUCCCCAGAAGUUUAAAGAGAAGACGGCAGAGCAGCUUCGGGCCCUUCAGGCAAGUUUUCUCAACAGCUCUGUCCUUACUGAUGAAGAAUUAAACAGGCUCAGAGCGCAAACCAAACUUACCAGAAGGGAAAUUGAUGCUUGGUUUACAGAGAGGAGGAAAUCAAAAGCUUUAAAGGAAGAGAAAGUGGAAAUCAGUGAAAGUAAUAAUGCAGGCAGUUCCAAAGAAGAAGCUGGAGAAGCUGCUCCCGGAGACGAAGCUGGUGUUCCUAAGUCGGGGAGUACGGGAAAGAUAUGUAAAAAAACACCCGAGCAGCUACACCUGCUCAAAAGCGCCUUUGUCCGAACGCAGUGGCCGACGCCCGAAGAGUAUGACAAGCUGGCCAAAGAAAGCGGGCUUGCUAGAACGGACAUAGUUAGUUGGUUUGGUGACACCCGUUAUGCUUGGAAAAACGGAAACUUAAAAUGGUACUACUACUAUCAAAGCGCCAACUCGAGCGGUAUGAAUGGUCUGUCGUCCCUUAGGAGGAGGGGGCGGGGGAGACCCAAAGGACGCGGACGCGGGAGGCCGCGCGGGCGGCCCAGAGGGGGCAAGAGGGUGAACAACUGGGACAGGGGGCCGUCCCUCAUAAAGUUUAAAACUGGAACUGCCAUACUGAAGGAUUAUUACCUGAAGCACAAAUUUCUUAACGAGCAAGACCUCGAUGAACUUGUUAACAAAUCACAUAUGGGCUACGAGCAGGUCAGAGAGUGGUUUGCAGAAAGACAGAGAAGAUCCGAAUUAGGUCUAGAAUUGUUUGAGGAAGACGAGGAGGAAGAUGAAGUUAUUGAUGAUCAGGAAGAGGAUGAAGAAGAGACGGAUGACAGUGACACUUGGGAACCCCCACGACAUGUGAAGCGGAAGCUUUCAAAAUCAGAUGACUGAAAUCUGCCUGAAAACGUUGGAGGAGAAUUAAUUCUCCAACUCAAGAUUUCUGAUUUACUGUGAAUGGGCUCAAUCUUUGAUGACACUGAAAAUGUUUGGGGGCAUACACAUUCUCAAAAAAUAGGAUCCUAUGCCCAAAAGGAAUGGAACUCAAUGUUGUGCCAAAGUUAAACUACUGCAGUUGGUGGAAGUCCUGCAAUGUAAAUAGAAUACUAAUUAAAAAAAACAACUUGUAAAAAUUCAAAUUUUAAUACAGUACAUUUUUAUUCUAAUACGAUGGAGACAUUCUGAUUCUUAGACUUUUGGAGGGUAUUUAAUGACCACUAGAGCUUGUCCUCAUAUUUUGUCCAGCUUAAUACUGUAUGUCAAGUAAGAUGGGCCUUACUGUCUGUAUUCUUUGAUAUGUGAUUAAGAUUCUAGCUUUGAGUGACCAAACAUUUUCCAGAGUAAAAAUGGUUAGAAACAGGAAAAGAAAAACCUGAUUUACUUCUGUCUUAUUUGUCAGGUCCUGUACAAAGAUUCAAAGUUGUGCAAGGGCUUAUGCAUUUUUACUGUAAGUGAAAAAAAUAGCCUGUUGACACAUGUUGGAACAAUAAGAUUUUGUGGUAUCGCUGGCCCUUGAUGAUUGGAUCUUUCGUUAAACAGAUUCAUGGAUACCACUAUUACUACUUGUAAUGCUUCUGUUACUUUUUUUCUUUAGAAGCCGAAUUUAGUUUUUAUUAAACUGAAGAUACUAUACUGAAGAAGGAAACGAAACUGGAUUAGGAAUUUGGAUAGGGUGAAACUCUGAAAUAAAUACUGUACCAAAAAUGUGAAAAAGAAUCAUGUAGUAAAUAGGUACUUAGUGUUUUCUUACAAUCAUGUGGAAAUCAGAACCAUUGUACAGGUGUCAGAGCAGAAUUUUCAAGAAUUAUCUUUCGGUGAAAUUUUACUUUGUGUAAUAAUUUCAGUGAAGAGAGAAGAAAUUCUGAACUGAUCAUAGUGAGUUAAAAGUUAGCUUUUCACUUAUGAAUUGUGGGAGUGUUAACUGUUAACUCUUGCCAUAUCAGGAGACUGAAAGUUCAUAAUAACUUAUAAACUUUAUAAAGACUGGUGCUGUUCAUUCAUGUUGAGAAGGACCCUUUCUUUUGUGACUAUAGGACCAUUUUUCAAAAUGUGCUUUCUUCGUAGAAGAAAUGUUCAGUUCAAUUAGCUUUGGAUUUUUAAAUGUUUUUUUUUUUUUUUCUGAAUGACCAGAUGUAGUGGGCUUGGCCAGUUUAUCUAAUUUAAUGAAUAAUAAAUAUUAAGCUCUUGUUUUUACCUAAAUGUUCGUCAGCUAAUGAAAAUGUUAUGAAAAAGCCUUGAAUAUGCAUGCUGCUUUUCAUUUUCAUAAACUUUUUGUUUUUUAACUAUAGCUUUAUUAGUAAUUCCAAAAUGCUGCAAUUUAGCUGAUUUCUUCACUCAGACAGCUGGCGUUGUGGGUGGCUUUUUCAUACUACUGUUAACUUUUUUUUAAAAGAAGCAAUGUAAAGACUAUAACAAUUUAAUGCACUAAACUGUUCUUUCUUUUACUUGUUUAAAAACUUCUUAAAGCACUCUGUAUUAUAAUGAUUAAAUUGUUCUCUUUUUUAAACCAUUGCUAAUGUGGUCUGAGUUUUGUUUGGCAAUAAUUUUCAUGUUUUCAAAAUUUGAAAUGUCAAGUACUGGACAAGUAUGAAGCCUUUGAAUAUAUAUUGUUCCCCUUACAAUGUGUUAACUUUGUAUAGCUGUAAAUAACUAUUAGUAAUGUUCCCUCCCAUCUCUUUUAUAGACUUGACACUUAAUUCUGAUCUGAUGUUUGCUAGCUUUUAAAUAUAUUUAUUUGACAGAGCAAAAGAACCCUCUCCUGGUUGAUUGUGUCCUGAAUACAAAAUAAAAGUUAGCAGUGAUUAGUAGUUUUCAGUG